AUGGCGACUCUAAUUGUGGGGCGUUCUGUUCUUCCUGAACUUGAGACGGCUCUGGAGAUUCAGGAUUUCUACCUAAGUGGUGCCCUGUACAACACACUUCUUGAUGACUCUGACCAGCCCCGUGUUGCUGAUGAGCAUAUUAAGAACCUAGCGGAAAUUUUCGUCCGUCACAAUGCCCAAAACGUUCUUGGGAUUUACUUAAUCUACGGCUACUUUAAGAUUCCUGAAAGCACCGUCAUGCUUGGGACCAACUUUGAAAGCCCCUCCCUUCGCUGGACUAAAGUCACCGAUAUUGACAAGAUUAAUCACUCCCGUGAUGGGCCUCUUCCUGAUCUAUCUGGCGUUGGCCCGGGAUUUCUUGACGAGUUUAUUGACUAUAUUGUUAAGAACAAUCUCGCAAGUCUUAUUGGUCUCUAG